AUGAUCCACGGCACCUUGCCUCACACCAUGCUGUCUGUGACACUGGUACCUGUGAUUAAGGACAAGGCGGAUCUGUGCAAUGCCUCCGAGCUGGCCUUCGUGUUGGAGCCCAGCGAUGUCAUCGCGGUGCGAGAUCGUCCCCUGAUGCUCGACUGCCAGGUGGAAGGGGAGGGACCCAUCUCGGUCACGUGGCGCAGGAACGGCGUGCCCGUGCCCACGGGCCCCGGCGCCCGCGCCAAGCUGCUGCCCAACGGCACUCUGCUCAUCCCCAGCUUCCAGAAGAGGAGGGACGGAGACUCCGGCGCCGACUCCGGAGAGUACGACUGUGCCGCCCAGAACCGAUUCGGCAUGCUGGUCAGCCGCAAGGCCCGUGUGCAGCUGGCAUCUCUGCCCAAGUUCCACACCCACCCGGAGUCCAUGUCGGUGAACGAGGGCGGCGUGGCCCGCUUCCAGUGCCAGGUGAACGGCAUCCCCGAGGCCAGCAUCACCUGGGAGAGGGACCGCCUGUCUGUCAACACCAAGGACAGCAGGUACACCCUGUUGCCCAUGGGUAUCCUGCAGAUCACCGGGGUGCGUAAGACAGACGCUGGCCUCUUCCGCUGUGUGGCCACCAACGCGGCCAACACACGCUUCAGCCACGAGGCCCAGCUCAACAUCACAGGUGGGCCCCCGCGUGUCUACAAGGAGCCAGUGAUCCUGUCGGGGCCCCAGAACCUCACCCUCAACGUGCACCAGACGGCCAUCUUGGAGUGCAUCGCCACCGGCAACCCCAGGCCCAUCGUGUCCUGGAGCAGGCUGGACGGGCGCUCCAUUGGCGUGGAAGGCAUCCAGGUGCUGGGCACGGGCAACCUAAUGAUCUCGGACGUCUCCCUGCAGCACUCGGGGGUCUACGUGUGCGCCGCCAACCGCCCUGGCACCAGGAUGAGGCGUACCGCGCUCGGCAGGCUGGUGGUGCAAGCUCCUCCAGAGUUUGUGCAGUGGCCGCAGUCUGUGUCUAAGGCACUAGGGGGCAGCGCCGUGUUUUCCUGCGUGGCCCAAGGUGUCCCGGAGCCUCACCUCAUCUGGCUGAAGAACGGCAAGAUCCUCACGCCAGGAGACAACGUCAAGCUCACCAACAACAACAGCACCCUGGCCCUGACGCGCAUCUCCCCUGAGGACGAGGCCAUCUACCAGUGCAUCGCCGAGAACAGCGCGGGCACCAACCAGGCCAGCGCCCGGCUGGCGGUCUCCCUGGCCAAGGAGCUGCCCGACGCCCCCGUGGGCCUGAAGGCCACCGCUCUGUCCUCCACCUCCCUCCAGGUCUCCUGGACGCAGCCGGCCGCCGAGGUCACAGACGGCAUCAUCGGCUACGUGCUGCACAUACGCAAGAUCUGCGAGCCGGACAGUAGGGAGCUCCAGGAGGCCAUCAGCAAGACUACCUUCCAGCACGACCUGGCCAACCUGGACCCGGCCACCACCUACUCCAUCUACCUCAAGGCCUACUCCGCCCUGGGGGCCAGCCCCGUGUCCAGCACUAUGGUGGCAACAACGCUGGGUGGAGUCCCGACUCCCCCGACCUUCUUCACCAAGGUGCUGAACGACAGCGCGGUGCAGGUGCUGUGGGAGCUGCCCAGCAAGGCGGGCAAGGCCGAGGGCUUCCGCCUCUCCUACCGCAAGGUGCCCCACGGAGACUUCCAGGGGCCCCUGCAGAUGGCCUGUGGCACCAACGCACACACCAUCGCCCGUCUAGACCGGGGUGCGGUGUAUGAGUUGAAGCUGGCGGCCUUCAAUGGUAACGGGGAGAGUGACUGCAGCAAGCGGCUGGUGUCCCUGGCAGAGGACGGGACCAGCGCCAAGACAAACGGGGGCGAUAGCCAGUGUACCUGUCGGCAGGGCCUGGAGGGCUCCAUGGGGGGCAUCGUGGUGGGCAUCCACAUUGGCAUGGCCUGCAUCAUCUUCUGUGUCCUCUUCCUCAUGUUCGGAUACCGACGCAGUUUCUUCUGUAGGAAGGGCACCCAGGACAGCUGGGCAGUGCCGCGCGGAGACGAGGGGGGGCAUCACGUCCAGAACAACGGGGUGCCCAAACCUGCUGUGGCCCGGCCAUCAGAAACCAUUGAGCUGAUGCCACAGGGUCGCAAUGAACUCGGUGGCCUCAACGGGCACAAUGGCGGCGUCAAUGGCAUCAAUGGUGUCAACGGCGUCAAUGGCAUGAAUGGCAGUGCGAAUGGCGGCGCUCCGGUUGGAUCGGGGCAGUGCCACGUUCACAUAGAACAGCACCACUCCAACCUGCCGGGCUCGGGCACGGACACGGGCACUGGCUAG